GUUGUGUUUAUAUAAUGGUGGCGUCCCAGGAAAGUGAGAUCAUUGAAUCGUCGGCUGUCAGAAUCACACGCUACACUCCGAGACACUCUUACUCGCCAAAAAAAUGAGAUCUUGCACGCUCAUAUUUAUCGCUCUCGCGACCGUCCUUCUCUACACCAAAUAUAUCAACGCAUUGGAAAUAUGUUCUCAAGAAAAUUGUCUUACGCCUGAUAAAUGCGAGGAAACAAUAAAGAGUCAAGUUUUGUGCCAUGAACAGGGUACCACAUGCUGCAGUAUAGUUAAAUCAGAGUUCAGAACCCAUUGCCGUCAUCAUAGUGGAGAAUGCAUGGAUGCAUGCGCUUCAAGACUGCAACAAAACGCGGUCGACUGUCCGAACAAUCAAGUUUGUUGCGUUUUGGUUUAAACAGCUUACUGAAGCUAAUAAUAACUAGUCAAAGAAUAAUCUCUCUCUGAUUACAACGACAAGUUUUAGUUUAGUUUUAAUUUAAUUAUAUGACACACAAAAUGAUAAAAAAAUCACUUAAUAUCAAAUCUCUUGACAAGAAAUAAGACAGAACAAAAAAUACAUAACACAUUUCUUCUUAUAAAAGAAUAUCUCUUUUAAUAAAAUAAAUGUAUAUUGUUUUCAUGUAACAUGGAAAAAAUGAGCUUUAUUUGAUUAUUAUGAGAAUUUUUGAUUCAGUUAAGAAGAACUUGAAAAGUUCAUUAAAUAAUAUGAUUUAAUACGAUAUAUGUCACGAAUAGUAUCUAUAUCCAAUGAGAUAUACAAAUAUAUUAGAAAUAAAUUUAUUCAUUAUAUACAUAACUAAUAUAAACUUUGCUAACAAAAUAAAAAUGUGUCUUAAACCUCUUGUUAUAAAAGUUUCACUUUUAUCAAUUUUGAUAAGAAUUAAAAGAAUAAUGAUAAGCCAAUGCUAUUUAUCGAUUCUAAUAAAUUUUUCAAGAUUACACCCACAUUAUUUUCAAAAUAAAUGGCAUGUAUGUUCAAUAUAUGAAAUUAUUUAAUUAAAAAUUUAAUCUAAUGUAUAUGUUUUUCAUGUAAAAUGUAAUUGUAAACAUUAACAAUUUUUAAUAAAAAUCUCUUAUAUUCAUA